AGCCGCGGGCGCGGGUCGCUUCGGCGCUGCUCCGCGGGGCCGGGCCGGGCUGGCUGCAGCUGGCGCCUGGCGGUGAGGGCGGGCUCCCGGGACAGGCGGAAUGGCCCCCACCUAGGGCAGUGGAAGAAGCGGCUGAGCUCAGGAUGCUGAGGAGGCGGCGCGGCGGCUCCUCACUCAUCCCAGAUGUUGAUCCUCUUUCUUCGGUAGAAUCUCCAUGGCCUGAACAUUUUCUGAAAAUUAUUUUGAGCAGACUAUCUGUUUAAUAACAAGAUAACCACAUCAAGAUGGUUGGAAAACUGAAGCAGAACUUACUAUUGGCAUGUCUGGUGAUUAGUUCUGUGACUGUGUUUUACUUGGGCCAACACGCCAUGGAAUGCCAUCACCGAAUAGAAGAACGUAGCCAGCCUCUCAAAUUGGAGAACACAAAGACCACUGUGCGAACUGGUCUGGACAUCAAAGCCAAUAAAACCUUUGCCUAUCACAAAGAUAUGCCUUUAAUAUUUAUUGGAGGUGUGCCUCGGAGUGGAACCACACUUAUGAGGGCCAUGCUAGAUGCACACCCUGAUAUUCGCUGUGGAGAGGAAACCAGGGUGAUUCCCCGAAUCCUGGCCCUGAAGCAGAUGUGGUCACGGUCAAGUAAAGAGAAAAUACGCUUGGAUGAGGCUGGUGUCACCGAUGAAGUGCUGGAUUCUGCCAUGCAAGCCUUCCUACUAGAAAUUAUUGUUAAGCAUGGGGAACCAGCUCCUUAUUUAUGUAAUAAAGAUCCUUUUGCCCUGAAAUCCUUAACUUACCUUGCUAGGUUAUUCCCCAAUGCCAAAUUUCUCCUGAUGGUCCGAGAUGGCCGGGCAUCAGUACAUUCAAUGAUUUCUCGGAAAGUUACUAUAGCUGGGUUUGACCUGAACAGCUAUAGAGACUGUUUGACCAAGUGGAAUCGUGCCAUAGAGACCAUGUAUAACCAGUGUAUGGAGGUUGGCUAUAAAAAAUGCAUGUUAGUUCACUAUGAACAACUUGUCUUGCAUCCUGAACGGUGGAUGAGAACACUCUUAAAGUUCCUUCAUAUUCCGUGGAACCACUCAGUAUUACAUCAUGAGGAGAUGAUUGGGAAAGCUGGAGGAGUAUCUCUGUCAAAAGUGGAAAGAUCUACAGACCAAGUCAUCAAGCCAGUCAAUGUGGGAGCACUAUCAAAAUGGGUUGGGAAGAUACCCCCAGAUGUUUUACAAGACAUGGCGGUGAUUGCACCUAUGCUUGCCAAACUUGGAUAUGACCCAUAUGCCAAUCCACCUAACUAUGGAAAACCUGAUCCCAAAAUCCUUGAAAACACUAGAAGGUGGAGUCCUAUUCCUGAGUGUGUGGAGGAAACAAAGCAACCCAGUGAGGCAAGCAGAGCGAGUCCAAGAAAGAGUCUGGCACUAUUUGAAGUCCUGGUUCUCUGUGAAUAUCAUAUUCAACUCUGCUCUUGCCACAGUUACGUGAGACAUCGUCAUUCACAUCCAGGAAAAACCCGCCUUGGACUCCUUUACUUUAAUUGGGCUUCUGGGCCAUAGAAGGAGUAUUACAACUAAUAACUGUUCUUGGUGAAUUUGAAGGAUGAUAAAUCUUAAGCUAUUCCUCAUUUCCUUGAUUUCUUGUACUCAAACUUUAGCUGUUUUAGUUAAAGGAAUACUUACCACAUUCUCUUAAAAUUUUCAUAGACCUUCAGAGCAACAACUGUGGAAUUAAAUUCAAUUCCUUAUUCCAGCUUUUUUUCCCCCCAAGUAUUUUGCCUUGAUUUUGAAAACAGGCAGAAUUGUUUCCUUUGGGCAUUUUAUGAAGAAUAUAUGAGGAGGUUCAGAGUAGUACAUUUUACCAUCUCUCAGAAUAUACCUCAGUCUGUAUUUAGAUCAUUUUAAGACUAUAAUUAUUAAACAGGUAAUUACUAAAUAAUUGCUCUAGGCAUAACACUUAGUUGCUUCAGAAGAAACAAAGACUGGGUUUGUAUAUGGGAGGAAGAUGUGGGUAAUUAGAAAAGACAUGACAGAAAUAAUAAGGUAAUGAUAAGAUGACAGAAAAUUUUCCACUGUGUUUUAAAGGCAUAAAAACUGGUUUUAGAAACUCAGGAAUUUGUCCACUGGGUCACUCUCAAAAUCUGAGACUACCCCAAGGGAAUAUCCACAAGAUUGUGCCCUUUGACUCAUCGUUCUAAGUCAAAUCUUUGUUUCAUCUUUUCUGUCACCAUUUUGGCACAGUCAUUCACAAAUGUGUCCCAAUAACUUGUGAUUUCUGCCAGAAAUCCUCUUGGGGGUCAUGAAUUUCAUGUAUUCAUCUUUGCUGUGUAAAGCAAGUCUUCUUCUUUGUCUUUUACUUACCUAGAUCAAAUGUCAAAGGAGCCCCUUUGUUAUGUGUACAAGCCACAUAUUCCUUACUCGUGUCAUUCCUGAUUUAAUACAUUUAAAUUAUCUUGUUUAACAACAGUUGUCUUCACAUGUGAUCCUAUCUGAAGGCCUGUGGGGAAUCCAGUCUCUUAAAAGAAGCAGGUUCCAUAGUUCCUCUCAUAUUUCUCUUUCUGCUUUCAUUAGUGAGACCAUCUUUUGAGGAAGAGAGCACACUUGAAGCUAAGAGGUUUGGUUGAGUAGCUAUAUACAGUUUCCCUUGGGAUUCUAAAGAAAUCAAUUCUCUUUAUGUCAAUUAAUACCUGUUUUUAAACAUUCAGAAAUGAUACACCAAACAAUAAUACCCAACUCUUAGAAAAUCCAUGUCUAUAAUGGGAAUAUAAUAAACCAGAAUAAUGAGAAGUAAUUUUAUACCCUGUGCUCUUAUUCAAGGGAAAAUAAGGGAGAAGAUAUUUCUAGGUUAACUUAGUAUCAGAUUACCAGUGCCUGCAAUAGUUUUGUCUGAUUACCUUUUAAAAAUUCCAUAAAGGGGCGCCUGGGUGGCUCAGUUGGUUAAGUG